AUGCCCAUCUCUCCUCCUCAAUCUAGCCCAUCCAAAUGCAUUGAGGAUUUUUCUUCGUCAAUCCGCGAAGCCAACCAGCUCAUUGAGAUGUAUGGAAGAUGCGGGAGCGUCGAUCGAGCACGGCAAGUGUUUGACGACAUCGCGGCUAAGGAUCAAGCAUCGUGGUCGCUGCUGCUGUUGGCGUAUUCCCGGAAUGGGUAUGUGCGAGAAGCCAAGAGCGUUUUUUAUGCCAUGCCGGAAUGGUGCAUGGUAUCGCUCAACUCUAUGCUGGGAUGCUACGUGAAAAAUGGGCUGCUGGAGGACGCUGAGAAGUUCUUUUUUGAUUGUAUGGCCCUGUGGAGUGUGGUGUCGUGGAACACUGUUAUAUCGGGCUAUGCCCAGUCUGGGGAUUGCGAGGAUGCGAAGAGGGUGUUUGAUUUGAUGCCUUGGAAGAAUAUGGUGUCGUGGAGCUCGAUGCUUGUGGCUUAUGCUAAUGACAAGAAGCUCAAGGACGCAGAGGAAAUAUUUGGUGAAAUGCCUUUGCUUGACACUGUCGCCUGGACAUCUAUGCUGGUUGCAUAUGCCCAAAACGGGGUUUUAAACAAAGCUGAAGAGAUUUUUGGCAAAAUGCCAGAGAGAAACUUGGUGUCCUUUAAUGCAAUGCUUGCAGCAUUUUCACACAGCAAUAAUGUCUUAAAGACGGAGUAUUUCUUCAAAGAGAUGCCAGAGAAAAAUGUGGUUUCUUGGAAUGCCAUGCUUGCAGCAUAUGCCCAAACUGGGCAUUUGGAAAACGCUAAGCUCGCGUUUUGCUCUAUGUCACAACAUAAUCUCUUCUCUUGGAAUUCAAUGCUGGCUGCCUACGCCCAGUACGGUCAUUUAAAAACCACUAAAGAUAUGUUUUACUGGAAGAUGCCGCAGUGGAACUUGGUGUCAUGGAACACCAUGAUAAACGCUCACUUGCAAGCCGAGGAUUUGGGUGGCGCCAGAGAAAUCUUUGCUGCGAUGCCGCAGCACGACACCAUCGCCUGGAACUCGAUUAUGGCAGCGUACGCUCAGCAGGGACUGGUGGAGAACGCAAAGCAGAUGUUUGAUUCCAUGCCUCAAUGGAACCAAGUCUCAUUCAACGCGAUGAUCUCCGCCUACUCGUAUCUACACGAAAGUCAUGGCGAAGGAUUGGCAGCAGCGAGAAAACUCUUUGAUCUCAUGCCGCAGCUCUCGCUCGUAUCUUGCAACUCGAUGCUAUCGCUGCUCUCGGAGAACUCUAAAGUGGAGCGAGCCAAGGAGAUGUUCGAGGAGAUACCCCAGCGUGACUUGGUUUCCUGGACGGCCAUGCUCGUUGGGUAUGCCCGAGCUGGGCAUAUCGACGAAGCCAAGAACUUGUUCGAUGCAAUGCCGCAGUGGGACGUGGUGAGCUUCACGUCGAUGCUGCUGACAUUCUCUCGGAGCGGCCUGGUGGCGGAAGCCAAGCAAAUCUUCGACGCCAUUCCGCAACACAACUCCGUCUCCUGGGAUGCGAUGCUGGUUUGCUACGCGCAGAGCGGCGAUGCUCACUCUUCCAAGCGUCUUUUCGAUGCCAUGCCGGAGCACGACCUGGUGGCGUGGAAUGCGCUCCUCGCGGGGCAUGCCCAGCUCGGGCAGCCCGAGGCUGCGGCGCAAACUUUCGACGAGAUAAAAAUGGUGGAGCGGCCGGAUGCGAUCUGCUUCGUGUCCAUCAUGACCGUUUGCGAGCUGGAGCAGUGCCGUGAGUGCUUUGUUUCGAUGGUUGGAGACUUCGGAGUGGUGGCGAGGAAGCAGCACUACUCGUGUCUUGUGGAUGUGCUGGGACGAGCCGGGCAUAUCACCAAGGCCAUGGAUCUCAUCACCAACAUGCCCUUUGAGGAGGACUGUGUGGAUUGGAUGUGCUUUCUCGACGCUUGCAGGAGGCACAGCGAUGUGGCCCAUGGAGCGCAAGGAGCAAAACGCCUCUUGGAGAUUGAUCCAGGAAACUCAGGUGCUCUGGUGGUGCUGGGAUCCAUGUUUACCUUCGGAAAGGGAGUCAAGGUGGUGGAUCAGGUUCUUGGUAAAUAG